UGGGUGGUCAAGAAUCUCGCGGUGUGCUGAGGAAAAUCAGUGACAUGCUGGAGGUGAUUAUGAAGAGAAUGGAUGCUCUGUCUAAACUGGGCAACACUACUGACACCCACAAGCUGGAUGAGCUCAGCUCAGCCCUGGACAGGAUUCAGCCUGCGGGACUGGUGGAGCGGAUCCAAGCCAUCGCCCAGAACAUGUCCGACAUGGCGGUGAGGGUGGAGCAGAUCCUGCAGCGCAGCAUCGCCAGCAAUCGAGGUGUGUUUCCAGACGCACGCAGCCGCACACAGAAAACUACCCGCAGCUUUCUCUCACACACACACACACACCUGUGGAUGCGUGCACGAUGGACCUCGGACCCUUGCUAUGCCUUUUACGGCGUCGACGGCUCUGAUUGCUCCUUUCUCAUAUACCUGAGUGAGGUGGAGUGGUUCUGCCCCCCGCUGGCCUGGAGGAACCAAACCACCACACCGACCCUGACUCCUCUCCCCAAGAAACAGGCUGUUUUCCACUCAGACGUGGGGUCUCUGCUGGAGCAGGUGGGCACCGGGAAGGAAUCUCUGAGCUUCAUGAAGAGACGCAUACGCAGGCUGGCAGCGCAGUGGGCCUCCGCUGCUCGCCGGCUGGAUGACAAGCUCCGCAGCCGCUGGAGGGAGCAGAAA